GUGGUCUUCCUCGGCUCGCCCGGCGUCGCGGCCCUCACGCUGGAGGCGCUGCUCGACGCGUCGGCGGAGGGCCGCGGCGGCGGCUUCGAGGUCGUCGCGGCGGUGUCGCAGCCGCCGGCGCCCAAGGGCCGGAAGCGCGCGCUCGCGAAGAGCGAGGUCCACGAGCUCGCGGAGGCGCGCGGCGUGCCCUGCCUCACGCCGGCGUCGGCGCGCGACCCCGAGUUCCUCGCGGCGCUCGAGGCCUUGGACGUCGACCUGUGCGUGACGGCGGCCUACGGCCAGUUCCUCCCGAAGGCGUUCCUCGCGAUCCCGAAGCACGGCACGAUGAACGUGCACCCGAGCCUCUUGCCGCGCUGGCGCGGCGCGGCGCCGCUCCAGCGGUCCCUGGAGGCCGGCGACGCCGAGGUCGGCGUGACCGUGCUCCGAACCGUGCUGAAGAUGGACGCGGGACCCGUGGCCGCGCAGCGGACGCGGGCGGUGGAGGACGGCGACGACUGCGCGGCGCUGCUCGACGAGCUCUUCGGCGUCGGCGCGCAGCUGCUCGUCGACGACGUCAUGCCGGGGCUCUGGGACGGGACGCUCGAGUGCGAGCCGCAGGACGGCGACCUCGCGACCGAGGCGCCGAAGCUCACCAAGGACGAGGGCGCGCUCGACCUCGGCGGCCCCGGCGACGACGGCCGCUCCGCGGCGCGCCGCGCCGCGGACAAGGUCCGCGCGUUCACGCCGUGGCCGGGCACGCACGUGCCCGUCCGCGUCGGCGACAAGCCCGACGUCGAGCGGCUCAAGAUCCUCGCCGCGCGCGUCGCGCCCGAGUGCCCCGCGGGCGGCGCCCUCGCCAAGGUCGGCAAGGCCGUCCUCCUGCCCUGCGCCGACGGCUCCGCGCUCGAGCUCCUCAAGGUCCAGCCCGCGAACCGGAAGCCCAUGGACGCCGCGGCCUACUGGAACGGCCUCCGGGGC